GAUGAGGCGUGGAUAUCAUAUCCGGAUAGUGUUAAACUCGGAAUCAAGCAAAGUUCGCAGCUCGUCAUCGCAGGCUCCCGAUACGUUCGUCCCGGCAUCGCUAUUUCAGACACUCCCUCACCACUCGCAUCUACCCAAGUCAAGGGACCGUAGGAAUACCGUCUCUUGGUUUAACGCUCAAGCCGCGAAGGAAGAUUACAGACUCGGGCCUAUCAGUUUAGAUUGGGUAGACUUUGAUCAUAUGGUAUCUAUGUUCAGCUCAGGAAAGGAAAAACAGCAGCGAAGAGGUCCUGCUGAUGCGACUUUCGUUACUCACCCAAGAAAGAAGACAGGCUCUACCAACCUCCCUGAAGGAACAGUCCAUGUAUUUCGAGAUGGGUCUAGCAAGCCCACCCAGGAGGAGCUGGAGGCGAAGGUUGCACAACUGUCGCUACAAGGGAGCGCAGACGAUUCGGACGGGAUCAUGCUUGGUGUACUGGCAGUUCCAUCAUGGAUGAACCCUUCCGACUUCCUGGAAUUCGUCGCCCCCGCUGUUGAUAACAUAGGGCACCUUCGAAUUAUUCGCGAUUCCGCGCCAAACCGAUCUAUUGUCGUCAUGAAGUUCCUCAACCCAGCGGCGGCCUUAGAAUUCGCUGAGGCAUAUAAUGGGAAACCGUUCAAUUCAAUGGAGCCUGAAAUUUGCCACGUUGUUCAUGUUCUUUCCGUAGUCAUAGACGUCGAGGACACAACUUCCCAAACGAUUGCAAAGCUUGGAAGUGCUCAAUCAAACAUGUAUGAACUCCCGACGUGUCCUGUUUGCCUUGAACGCAUGGACUCCGCUGUAACAGGUCUCAUUACGGUGCCAUGUUCACACACGUUUCACUGCAUGUGCUUGAGUAAAUGGGGUGAUAGUCGAUGUCCAGUGUGCCGCUACUCUCAGAAUCUGCUCUCCUCUCACCCGUCUACUUUAACAUCUGCGCGCUCCAUCCCUUUUGCCAACCCAUCUGCGCCAAAUCCAUCAUCUUGCACGCAAUGUGGCUCGACGUCGAACCUUUGGAUAUGUCUGAUCUGCGGAAAUAUUGGGUGUGGGCGGUACGGGCAAGCACAUGCACAAGGCCACUACCAGUCCACAACGCAUCUCUAUGCGCUUGAACUCGAGACUCAACGCGUCUGGGACUACGCGGGCGACGGCUACGUGCAUCGUCUCAUCCAAAACAAAGCCGACGGGAAGCUAGUAGAGCUUCCCAGCGCGGCAUCAUCGAUAGACCCGCCACGGGCAGAUGGUGGUAUGGGCCCAAGUCAAGCAGAUGCUCUCACGGCUGAAAAAAUCGAGGCAAUUGGAAUUGAAUACUCCUAUCUCUUAACCUCCCAGCUAGACUCUCAGCGUUCGUUCUACGAAGAGCAAACGACAGAAAUGCGCACGCAGGUCAAUGAGCUCAAGUGCCUCGUCGAGCAGCUCAGUGAACAGUUCAAUCUCGAGAAACAGCGUAAUAAGCAGGAGGAAGCACGAAUAUUCAAAGAGGGAGAGGAGAGGCUCGCGCAGGCGCUCAAGGAAAAGGCCAAAGCGGAGCACCGCGCAGAAAAGGUCACUGAGCUGGCUCGGAAGUUGGAAAAGGAGCUCCGGGAGGAACGGGCGGUCAGCGAGGGCAUGAUGAGGAACUUGAACGUGAUGAAGGAACGGGAGCAGAUCGCGGGGAAGGAGAAGGAGGACUUCAUCAGCAAGGUGCGGGAGCUGGAGGACCAGGUGCGGGAUGUGAUGUUCUUCCUCGACGCGAACAAGAAGAUCGAGCAGGGCGGAGGCGUCGAGGCGGAGGCGGUGGGUGGAUCGCUUGAGGUGUCGGCGCCUCCCCCUCCGCCUCCACAGGUGAACGGCAAGAAGAAUAAACGGAAGGGGAAAAAAUA